AUGUUUCUUAAUUUCUCCCAAUUCUUUCUUAUUCAAAUUUCUUUUUUUCAGUCCUUUUUUGUUUUUUAUUUCUUUCUUCUUCCUUAUUUUUUAUGGAUGCUGUGUUUUGUUUUACAGUUUCUUCAUUUUUUUUUCCUUCAAAUUUUCUUUCGUUCUUUUUUUUUCGCUCUUUCUUUCUACCUUCUUCCUUUUCUAAUUUUAUCUCAGAUUUCCUUUCUUUAUUUUCUUAAAUCUUUUCUAUCUUAUAUUCUUUCUUUGUUUCUUUUUUUAUAUCUUUCUUUCUCGUUGCCUUUCCUUCCCUUAUUCUUUCUUAUUGCUUUACUUAAUGCCAUCCUUCAAUCAUUUUUCAGUUUAUUCAUUCGUUCUCCAUUUCUUCUUUCUCAUUUUCUUUUAUUUCCGCUUCAAUUUUUUCCUUCCUCCCGCCUUCCACCAUUUCUUUCUUUUUUCUUUGCUACUUUCUUUAUUUCUUUACUCUUUUCUUUUUCUUUCUUUCUUUCUUUCUUUCUUUCUUUCUUUCUCUUUUUCUUUCUUUCUUUCUUUCUUUCUUUUUUCUUUGUUACUUUCUUUGUUUCUUUAGUCUUUUCUUUUUCUUUCUUUCUUUCUUGUUUCUUUGUUACUUUCUUUGUUUCUUUAGUCUUUUCUUUUUCUUUCUUUCUUUCUUUCUUUCUUUUUUCUUUCUUUUUUUGUUACUUUCUUUGUUUCUUAAGUCUUUUCUUUUUCUUUCUUUCUCUCUUUCUUUCUUUCUUUCUUUCUUUUUUCUUUGUUACUUUCUUUGUUUCUUUUAGUCUUUUCUUUUCUUUCUUUUUUUCUUGUUUCUUUUGUUACUUUCUUUGUUUCUUUAGUCUUUUCUUUUUCUUUCUUUCUUUCUUUCUUUCUUUUUUCUUUCUUUUUUUGUUACUUUCUUUGUUUCUUAAGUCUUUUCUUUUUCUUUCUUUCUCUCUUUCUUUCUUUCUUUCUUUCUUUUUUCUUUGUUACUUUCUUUGUUUCUUUAGUCUUUUCUUUUUCCUUCUUCCUUUCUUUCUCUCUUUCUUUCUUUCUUUCUUUUUUCUUUGUUACUUUCUUUGUUUCUUUAGUCUUUUCUUAUUCUUUCUUCCUUUCUUUCUCUUUCUUUCUUUCUUUCUUUUUUCUUUGUUACUUUCCUUAUUUCUUUACUCUUUUCUUUUUCUUUCUUUCUUUCUCUCUUUCUUUCUUUCUUUAUUCUAUUUUUUCUCAUUAACAUCUUCAUUCAUCAGUAAUUUUUCUCUCUCCUUUUCUUUUGUUUUUGCUUUAAAUUCCAUUCCUUCCUUCCUUCCUUCCUUCCUUCCUUCCUUCCUUUUUUCUUUUUUUCUAUCUUGCAUUUAUAAAAUAAUCGGGUCAUGUAAUCAAUCAAUCAAUCUAUAUAUAUCACAUUCUGCAUCUAUCUAUCUAUCUAUCUAUCUAUCUAUCUAUCUAUCAAUCACAUUCUGUAUCUAA